UGCAUCGCUAGCACAGUUGGGCCGAGCUGCCGAAAGGUCUGGUCGCAGAGGCAGGGACGCGUAAUCGUCAGCGUGCUCCAUCCCGACAGCAUCCUUCCGCGGCUCGGCAGGGCAGCGAGCCUCUGGACACCCGCCCCUCCGCUCCGCGGAAAAGCCUGAUGAAGUCCUCCGAUAUCGAUCAGGAUUUAUUUACAGACAGUUACUGCAAGGUGUGCAGUGCACAGCUGAUAUCUGAAUCCCAGCGCGUGGCUCAUUACGAGAGUCGAAAACAUGCAAGCAAAGUCCGACUGUAUUACAUGCUUCACCCCAGGGAUGGUGGGUGUCCAGCCAAGAGGCUCCGGUCAGAAAAUGGAAAUGACGCCGAUAUGGUUGAUAAGAAUAAGUGCUGUACGCUCUGUAACAUGUCCUUUACCUCGGCAGUGGUGGCUGACUCACAUUAUCAAGGCAAAAUCCAUGCCAAAAGGUUAAAACUGUUGCUAGGAGAGAAAACCCCACUAAAGACCACAGCAACACCCCUGAACUCACUUAAACCUCCACGGGUGGACACUGCUCCUGUGGUCGCAUCCCCCUAUCAAAGAAGAGAUUCGGACAGAUACUGUGGGCUCUGUGCAGCCUGGUUUAACAAUCCUCUCAUGGCCCAGCAACAUUACGACGGCAAGAAACACAAAAAGAAUGCAGCAAGAGUUGCUUUAUUAGAACAACUUGGGACAACUCUGGAUAUGGGGGAACUAAGAGGUCUGAGGCGCAAUUACAGAUGUACGAUCUGCAGUGUCUCUCUAAACUCCAUAGAACAGUAUCAUGCCCAUCUGAAAGGAUCAAAACACCAGACCAACCUGAAGAAUAAGUAGUGAAAACAUCAAUCAAGAGAUGAGAAAAAAAAAAAAAAGUCAGGAUUUCUCUGCCGUGGAGAAUUGCUUAUCAACCACCAGAGGAAGAUUCUUUCUUGAACAAUGAACAUUUCUUAUGAGGAUUCACAGAUUAACAUAUGACUAAUCUUAGUUUUGGAGAGUGAAUGAGCGUUCUUGCUUUCUUUCUUUCUUUUAAUUUUGUGGUAAGUUAUGAUAUUUGGAUGGAUUUUUUAAUUCUUCCCUGAUGAUCUAUUUAGCACAUGUUCUAAAUUAUAAUCCUACAGCAAACAGUGGGAACAUCAUUCAGACUUAAAGACAGUGGGAAGAUCUCAAUUUCCAAUUUAUUCUAGAUUUCUUCAACAUAUAAUUAUUCCAUUAAGUCCUUGAUGAUUGAGAUGUAAAGCACCUUUAUCAAGAAAUACACAUUAUUUUUCCAUCACACUGAACAUGAUUGGUGGCAACACGCACGGAACCAGAACGAGUCACUACUAGUAGAAGAUAUAUAAUGGACACAAUUACUACUCCUUCAUUUCACCUUCAAAACUGUGAACGAGGUUUGCCAUCUGAAUGACAAGAAUAAAGAGGGUGAAUAAAGGAAGAAGCCCAUCCUUUUUUUCUGAUCACUCAAAGAACAGUUUCUCAAGGUUAAGCCAAGUCCUCUUUGCAAGCUGCCAAAAUAAUAGCUUAGGAAAAGAAUUAGUUUGCCUGCAUGAUGAUCCUCUUAGGCAAAAAAUGUCUUCACAGCCGUUGACCUUGAUGAAACGUUUUCCCAAAGGCAUCCAAGAGAAGAAUUACAAACCCCCGAAUGAGAGGGAAAUAAAUGACUAUUUCUUAAGAAGUUGGCCUGAACUGUGGGCUUGGGUGUGGGGUGCUGAUGACUGGGGAAGAACUGUGUAAGUUCUGCAGAAUGAACGACAGCCUUGGGUAUGGUGAGUCCCCCUAUUCCUCUGUUCCUCACUGAAGUCCUCUUGCUGAGCCAAGGUUCAGUCACUUUGGAAAGAAUACCACUAGCCAGUAUGAUAGCCUGGAAAACUGUUAUUUUCUGAUGGGGAAUGCCUCUGAGUGUAAAUUCUGAAGCCUUCUCUGGUUCUAACUCUUCUCUGUCGUGACUGGAUCUGGUGUCUGCAAAGCCAAACAUUUAACUCUUUACAAUGUUUCUCAGAGCUCUGACUGGGGUUGCCCUUUGUAUAUGGUGACCACAGGCCAUUCAUCUCCCGGUGUCAGGAUUUUCUGGACAUCCGUUAUUUUUCUGCAGAGAGCCGAGGUGGUCACAACUCACUGAGCAAUAAAUGAAAUGACUCAGAAAUGCACCGUGUUGUUACGAAGGUGUUUGAAAUUUGGCACCACUCCCUUGAGAGGGCCCACUCAGGAGGGAUCAGGGUUGUUAGCCUCUGUGCCUACAGAGAGAAGCAGCUGCGCCAGCCAUGUGCUGUCCGGUGGGAAGGCAGGAGGGUCUGAUGGCAAGCAGUCCAUCUUGCUGUUUUGGAAAGCACACAACAGAGCUACAAACCUGCAGUGAUGACUUUUCUUCAGAUGUGUGAAAUAAUGCUUUAUCUGUCAAGUCUGCUGUAAAAUAAGCAUCAUCCAAGUAAAACAAACAAACAAAAAACCCCGAAAAACAACAACAAAAAAACACACACACAAAAAAACAUUGUUUCUGUUUGUGUUUAGUGAGUGAGCUCAUACCCUCAAGUGUUUUGUUUGGUUUUGUUUUUAAUGACCUGAUCUAGUUGAGCCUGUGAACAUAGAUCUCUUUUGCUCUACAGAGAGGCUAUGCCAAAGCCUUUACAGAUAAGCUUCCGGAUAUAAUAAUCAGAUCAUCUCAGAAUUCCUCAUCUAAAUACCAUUGCUCCUUGGCAACCUGUCAAGUGAAAGUGAAUAUCCUGCCAGAAAACAAACAUUUCGUUUGUUUGUUGUCAAAUUUCUUUUUUUAUUUCUGCAUAAAUAAGGGAAAUGAUUGUUCCAAUGUACCAUGAAGUUGACAUAUUGUCUUAAACAAGAAGAGCCAGUGAAUGUUAUUUAUAUUUUGGGAAAUCUUAGAUGGAGAUGCCUCUACUCGGAAAACUAACUGUUUGUUGUUUCUGUUCUUAUUUAUUAGUAGUAGUAAUAGUAAUAGUAGUAUGGUUGUAUUUGUUUAAUUAGGUCAUGUCUUACGUUCCAAGUCAUAAUGGAACCAAUGGGAGUAAGAUGGAAGAUAAUUAUUUUCAAAUAGCCAAGUUAAUUCUGGCAGAGAGGAACAGACCCAUGAGACUUGGCCGUGGCGGAGCUUCUGGGGUCGGGCCACCUGAGGACAGCAGAGAUUCUCAGAAAGAUAAGAACGAGUCCUGGGAUUUUCCAUAAAACCUCAAUUUAGGGGCCUAGGGGAAAACGCUAUCAAUUUAAAAGAAACUGUCCAAAUGAUCAAUACGUAUUGGAGUCAUGGCAACUAAAGUAACCAACUACUGAUGUUUGAAGUUUUGCUCCAGUGAGGGAACAAUGAUGCAAAAUGAAUAUAAUGCAGAAACCUAAUGGCAUCCUUCUAUUAAGAGUAUUUUUUUUUUCUUUCUAUUUAAAAGAAUACUUGCUAAGUGGUUGAAACCGUCUGUGUCUUUGUAUAGAGGCAAAAUACUCCCACAGACCUGGUCAUGCAGUUCUCUUAACUUUUCAAAGAGUUUUUCUUCUUCAAGUACAGAUGUAAGCUUCUGCCCGAGGUCACAAAUGCCAUGGUAGUGAAGCCCAGUGAAUGAGUUUUCAUUAUAUAUAACCUCCGCAGCCCGGUGUACUAAUAAAUACCAUCAUAAAGUAGUCUGCUAAGUAGAGAGACCACUGUGAUCCCUUUUGCUGAUAAAAAUAGUAAUGAAACUCCCAUCUGCAGUUGCUUGACCACAAAGACCAAUAUAGGAUUUGUUUUUCAUUUGCCUCUUAGAUGAUAAAUAAAUGUAAAUUGGAACUGCAAGGGUCCUUACACAUUUCUACGGAAUUCAGCUCCUUAGACCAUUCUGACCAAGAGAAGACGAAUAGGAGGCCAAUGAAAAAAUGCUAAUACUCCCAGAGGCAUACUUAAACCCUGGAUGGGGGGUUGGUGGGGGAUAGUGGCCAUAGCUCAAGGUGUUACCUUGUUACCGACAAGACAAGUCGCUGUGAGCACAGCAUGUUCAAGCUCCAAUAGCAAACGGUGUGUAACUGUCAGGUAAUGAAAUAACUACCCUCUCUACACUCCAUCCAAGCUGAAUAUUCACUGUUUGUUUGACCAGCUCGAGCAAAGAAUUGAUUGCUGUUCUUUUUUGACCAGAAUGAGGAGGGUUUGAUCAACAUAUUACUAUGGAGACAGGUUAUUAUUUUUCUUUUCUUUUUUUUGGCUUCUUACCUAAUUUAUUCAUACUAAAGUCAUGCUAAACUACCUCAUAGGUUUGUGGUGUGGAUUAGCUAAUUAAUAAAUGUCAAGUGCUUAAAAAUAUAAAUCUCUAUAUAAAUGCUGCCUUAGUUGGCUUUCUAGUUUAAGAUAUGCAUGUCAAAUUAACUAUCUAUAUAUUUCAUUGUAAUAUUCAUGUUGAUAAAUUUGUCUUUAAAUUUAAUAUACAAAUACCUUGAUGUAAAAUAAGACUCUGAGAGCCCCAGCAUGGACUCAAACUCAAGUCUGGCCAAUGUAGCACCUAAGGAAACAAAAAGCACCUAGAAGCAAAACCAAAAUGUUUUCUUAAGCAGAUUUUAAAGCAGGGCUUCUCAAAGGUUGGGGGUAGGGGUGGUCAACACUGGUUUUGUAUUAAGUAAUUUUGUACUAUAAUAGUUAAAAUGCCAACAAUUAUCAGUGACUUACAUUUAAAAAUUAAUUAGGGUGGGUUUAAGGUUAUGCUUAGGAUAACUGUUGAGUAAGACACAGACGCAAGAGUCAUAAUUAGUCCACAUGUCUCUGAAUACCUACAAGAGAGGUUGUUCGGUUGGACAUCUGCUUUGAUUUGUAUCUUCCUAGAAAAACUUUGAACAUUUUCUUUUGGAAAGGAUACAGCCUAAACAGAAAGGAAAGGAAUUAAUAUCUCACUGCUUCUUAGUAACAUCAUCUGAGGGGACAAUGGCGAUUAUUUAAAAACUAAUUUUACUGUGGCUUUACUUUGCUGCCAUUUUUUCCCCUGUAUGAUUAAUUACUCCUUAGCCACUAUUCUGAGUAGCAGUUUUACUUGCUAAUUUCAGAUGCCUCAACUUAAUUAGCAAUUCAUUCUGACCUUUAGAAACCACAUUCUGUAAUCUUAAAAUUAUAUGAGUGAAGGAAAAAAAAAAUCCUAUUUUACCUGUCCCUCCAUCUCCAUCUAUCACUAACAGGUUACAUUCACUAACAGGUUACAUUGUUUCUGAAGAACAGUCUAUUGUUAUAGGUCAAAUUUUGACAUCAUCUGAGGUUGUUAGAAGUCCUGGUCAAAUUUCCUCAUUGCACAGGUGGGCACUAGGCUCUGCAGAGGCUGUUUCAACUUCAGAAUGUUUAAGCAAUGUAAAAAUGUAGGACAUUUGGCUGCUAAAUUUAUUCCUUUUUUAAUUAAAGAAAUAAAAGUGAAAUUGAUACACA